AUGCUGCUGCCGCGGCUCUCUUCUCUUCUGUGCCUUGCCGGCCUGGCUACCCUGCCAGUAACAAACGCCUACGAGGGUGACGAGAACAUCAAAAGCAUUCCGCUUCGAACUCACAGUCUUGCUCCGCCAUAUCUGGAUUCAGACUUCCAAAGCCGCUGGUUCGAUUUUGGCGGCGAUACAAUCAUUCGUGCCGAUAGGUAUAUCCGUCUGACUUCCGAUCGGCCGUCGCAACAAGGAUGGAUCUUCUCUCGGGUCCCGCUCACCGCAACAAAUUGGGAGAUUGAGGUCGAAUUCAAGAUCCACGGAGAAGGAAACUUGCAUGGCGAUGGCUUCGCCAUGUGGCUCACUAAGCAGCGCGCGACCCAGGGUCCUGUCUUUGGAUCGGCGGAUAACUUUGAAGGUCUCGGUAUCUUCUUCGACACGUACAAGAAUAACCGCCCGGGCACCUCGUUUCCUUAUGUUAUGGCCAUGAUGGGCGAUGGCAAGGCAAACUACGACCAGGCUCAUGAUGGAAAGGCUAACGAACUUGCUGGAUGCUCUGCUCGUGGUCUUCGCGGCGCCUCCAUCCCGACCAAGGCGCGCCUCACCUAUUUCCAGGACAAGUCCUUGACCCUGGACCUGCAGUACAAGUCGGAAGACACCUGGGUCAACUGCUUCACUUUGAACGCUCCCGACGCCAACAUCGCCAUUCCUUCUGUUUCUUACCUGGGCUUCUCCGCCGAAACCGGUGAACUUAGCGAUAAUCACGACAUCGUUUCCGUCAAGGCUCAGAAUCUUUACAGCAUCGGCAAUCGUGCCAGCACUCCCAACAAGCCCGCGUCGAGCCACGGCAAGAAGGACCGGGCUAGUGUCAAGCACCAGAAGCAGCAGGGCAGCUGGGGAUGGUUCUUGUUCAAGGUCGUCAUGUUCUUCGCCUUCGUUGCCGCAGCCUAUGCCGGAUUCACGGCUUAUCGGACCAGGCAGCGUUACGCGCGGUUCUAG